UAGCCAUCAUGGCAACUUCAUCAGAAGAAGUUUUACUGAUUGUAAAGAAGGUGCGUCAGAAGAAGCAAGAUGGAGCACUGUACCUCAUGGCAGAAAGAAUUGCUUGGGCACCUGAGGGCAAAGAUAGAUUUACAAUCAGCCAUAUGUAUGCAGAUAUUAAAUGCCAGAAAAUCAGUCCAGAAGGAAAAGCUAAAAUUCAGCUUCAGCUGGUCCUGCAUGCAGGGGACACAACUAACUUCCAUUUUUCCAAUGAAAGCACAGCAGUGAAAGAGCGAGAUACCGUAAAGGACCUCCUUCAGCAGUUGCUACCCAAAUUCAAGAGGAAAGCAAAUAAAGAACUAGAAGAGAAAAACAGAAUGCUGCAAGAAGAUCCUGUUUUGUUUCAGCUUUAUAAAGACCUUGUUGUGAGUCAAGUGAUCAGUGCUGAGGAGUUCUGGGCCAAUCGUUUAAAUGUGAAUGCAGCAGAUAGUUCUACCGCAUCCAAUCAUAAACAGGAUGUUGGCAUUUCUGCAGCUUUUCUGGCUGAUGUCCGACCUCAGACAGAUGGCUGUAAUGGUCUGAGAUAUAAUUUAACCUCUGAUAUCAUUGAGUCCAUAUUUAGAACCUAUCCAGCAGUAAAAAUGAAAUAUGCAGAAAAUGUUCCCCACAAUAUGACAGAAAAGGAAUUCUGGACACGUUUUUUCCAGUCCCAUUAUUUUCACAGGGACCGGCUGAAUACAGGGUCAAAGGACCUCUUUGCCGAAUGUGCCAAAAUAGAUGAAAAAGGGUUAAAAACAAUGGUUUCAUUAGGAGUGAAAAACCCACUACUAGAUUUGACCGCUUUGGAAGAUAAACCAUUAGAUGAGGGCUAUGGCAUUUCCUCUGUGCCAUCAACUUCCAAUUCUAAAUCCAUAAAAGAGAACAGUAAUGCUGCCAUCAUCAAGAGAUUUAACCAUCACAGUGCCAUGGUCCUGGCAGCAGGUCUCAGGAAACAAGAAGCACAAAAUGAACAAAACUGUGAGCCCAGCAGCAUGGAUGGAAAUUCCAGAGAUGCAGAUUGCUUUCAGCCAGCAGUCAAAAGGGCAAAAUUACAGGAGUCCAUUGAAUAUGAAGACUUGGGAAAAAAUAAUUCCAUAAAAACAAUAGCACUAAACCUCAAGAAAUCAGAUAGGUAUUAUCAUGGUCCAACUCCAGUCCAGUCACUACAGUAUGCAACAAGUCAGGACAUUAUUAAUUCUUUUCAAAGUAUUAGACAAGAAAUGGAAGCUUAUACACCCAAAUUAACUCAGGUUCUCUCAAGUAGUGCUGCUAGUAGUACGAUCACGGCCCUGUCACCUGGAGGAGCACUUAUGCAGGGAGGGACACAGCAAGCCAUCAACCAGAUGGUGCCAAAUGAUAUUCAGUCUGAAUUGAAACAUCUAUAUGUGGCUGUUGGCGAACUUCUACGGCACUUCUGGUCCUGCUUUCCUGUUAAUACACCAUUCCUGGAAGAAAAGGUAGUGAAGAUGAAAAGUAAUUUGGAACGAUUUCAAGUUACAAAGCUCUGCCCAUUCCAAGAAAAAAUUCGUAGACAGUAUUUAAGCACAAAUUUGGUGAGCCACAUAGAAGAGAUGCUCCAGACAGCCUACAACAAGCUCCACACAUGGCAGUCACGGCGCAUGCUAAAGAAAACGUGA